AGUGUCAUUGCGGUGAAAAAAAAAGUCAACAAAUACCCAAUUUAUAAAUAAAAAUUACUUAACAUUUUCCGUCUGUUAAUUUUAGUGAUAAAACUGUGAACAAAUAAAGUGCCAGCUAUUUCGGAAGAGCCCCCGAGCGAAAACCGCUCAAUUCCUUCCCCAUAGAAAAGUCCGGACAUUAAAAUGUGCAACGCGUUAAUAUACGCCUUGCUAAACUCGAUUGAUUUUUACAUAAGCUCCAAAAAUAAAAAGUACUUUUCUGCCAGCACGAUGUGCAACAACAAUAGAACUAUGUACAGUCAGUGAUAUCUUCACGUAUCACUGUUCGCCUUAUCAGUUUUUAGUUUUUAAGUAUCAAAUUACCUGGUGCAAGUGUGUCCUUUUUUAACAACAACAAAUCAGUCAUUGAGUUCAUCUAAUGGCACAAGCAUCGUUGAAAAGGAGCAGAUCCAGACGCCGCAUCGCUGCGGUCAGCUUUUUGUCCAAUAUUUCUUUGGACGGUAGCUACAAGGAUACCAGGUUGGCACUGUUGCCCAGAAACGGUGCUAUAAAACCUAUAAAAGAUUAUAUUUUGGAAGAAACCGAUGUUAAUGAGGAGUGUUUUAGCGAGAGCGAAAAUGUACCUUUGAAGGGGCAAAAGGUGCACAAGAAUCAUGGUUCAGACGGUGUUGUCACUCCUCUCAAGGUCUUGGGUGAUAAUAAGGGGAAUGUUAGAUCUACCGACAACACUGAAUCAUCGGCCACCAAAGCUCUGAUGCACUCAACAAAAAAAUUCCAAAAACGCCUAACCCAUCACUCCUUGUUGACGGGCGGCGUUGACGGUAGCAGCUCAGAAAGCCUAGAACCGGCUGUCAAGUGGAGGGGCGGCAGCACUUCACCCGCCCAUUUGACUCAACAGGAACCGCCCAAACGUAAAGUGCGCGUUCUGAAACCGACUCAGUACACGAAAUUCGGCGACGAGCGAAUCAUGAUGUGCACCGCCAAACAUGUUCCUUUCAUGGUUUGCUCUUUUAUACCUUACAGGAAGUCCAGAUCAGAAUUAAAACGAGAAGAAAAACGCAAACGUACAACUUCCUCGGGAACAAGGCCCUUAUCUUCAAUAGGUGAUGCCCUUGAUCCUUUUGAUUCUUUAGGAAUUGAGCGGGUUUUAGAAGGACAGGAAGUUUCUUACGGUUAUUUGUUGACUCCGACCCAAAAAGAGGGCCAAAAUAAACGAGACGAUCCCAGUGAUUCAACCAGGAAACCCAAACAUGUAGUUGCAAGGACGAAAGUCAUUACUUGGCAGCCAGAACAUAAAUGGUGUUUCUCGUACGAUCCGAACGUAAUUCAAAGAACAACUACCGUUUUGUCGCAAUCGCCGCCCGAUUUGGGGGAAGACGCACCCACUAACGUCAUCGGCUACCACCCCCAUCUGUUGGACGAUCCAGAAUUGAUUGCUGGGAAACAUCGCACCCUUUUGACGUUUGCCUCGUACAUGACAUCUGUCAUUGAUUAUGUCAAACCGUCUGACUUGAAGAAGGAGAUCAAUGACAAGUUCAAGGCCAAGUUUCCGCAGGUGCAACUGACUUUGAGUAAACUGAGAAGCAUCAAGCGCGAAAUGAAAAAGAUCGUCAAGCAAGAGUGCGCCAUCGACCUUUUGACCGUUGCGCAGGCGUACGUCUACUUCGAAAAACUCAUCCUACGGGGUCUGAUCAACAAACAAAAUCGCAAAUUGUGCGCAGGCGCCAGCCUCAUCCUGUCUGCUAAGCUGAAUGACGUCAAAGGAGAUCAACUGAAGUUGCUCAUUGAAAAAACCGAAAACACUUUCCGUCUCAGUCGCAAAGAACUGAUUGCUUUUGAAGUAGCUGUUUUAGUGGCACUUGAGUUUGGGUUGCACGUGCCUACUUGGCAGGUCAACCCGCACUAUCAACGUUUGCUCUAUGAUUCUUGAUCCGAGUGGAAUCGCAAGGUUCAGUUUCAACGGUUGAAGUUGACUUUGCCUAAUUUUAUCGGUUGACAGCUGUUAAUAUCACCUCUGACAAUAUCAUUUGUCAAUGUUGAUAAUAAGCCAUUUGUUAACUGAAUGACGUUUUGUUCGGUUGACAUAGAAAUAACGCUUUUGACAGCAAUAUCAAUUGUUAACUGUCAAUAAGUUAAAUGUGAUUUGUCAGCUGAAUGACGUUUUGUUUAGAUGUCCAAUAAUGCUAAGAUAAUUACUACUUACUUAACUGACACAUUGGGUACUUAAAUGCCAAUUUGAUGUGAUUUUUUUUUUAUAGAAUUAGGACUUGUUUUUUUUUUAUCAUUGAUUAUUUGGAAAUUAUUGAUUUUUUUUAAAAAUUUUUGGCUGUUUUUUUUGUUACUUAUAUUUUUAAUUAUUAUUCGUUAAACUAUUGUAUAAAUUAGUAGUAGUAGAAGUGUUUCUGUCUUUUUCUAUAACGCUUUGCAAAACAAAGACGAAGAUACAAUUGGUUUGUUCCAAGGACAAUGAAAAAUCUUUUUCGCUCGAAUUUUAAUUUUAGACUGUAACUUGUAAAUAGGGAACUACAUUUUAUAUUCUAAGGGUUGGUUUAUUCAUUUUCUGAUAUGCAAUUUGACAGAUAAAAACGCAAUCAGGGCUGGGACUGUGGAACAAAUAGAGAUAGUUAUUGUUGUUUUCUCUCUUUUGAAAAUCAAUAGAGAGUUAGAGAGUCCUAGCCCUGUAAUUUCAUUGGUCGGUCUGUUAUUUGUUGUCCAAUAGAAUUAAAAAACAGUAAAUUUAUCUUGCAGAUAAUUACCAGCGAGUUAAAUAAACCGAGCCUAAAUAUUGUACAAUUUAUAGGAAGAGUCCUUUUUUUUUCCUACUUUACUAGUGCUAGUGUUAUAAGGGAAAAAAAUAUAUUAUAUACAUACAGGGUGGUUCAAUUUGGACACUUUUAAUGGGAAACAUUAAUUUCUAAGUAUUUUUAACUGUUUUGUCACUAGAUGGCGUUUCAAAUUGGAUCACCCUGUACUAUUUAGCUGGGUUAGGAUUUUUAUAUACAUACAUAUUGACAAUGUGGUUUUUGUUGAAAAGAACCCAUUUAUUAUUAUUAUUAGUUAUAGCUCGUUUUUGAAUUAAUUUGUUGCUUACUUACUUAUUUUUGAAUAAACGGAAUAUUAAUUUUUCUUUUAGAA